CACGCGCAGCUCUGUGUGUGCUGUCCUCUCACACACGUGUGUAAGGCAUGCAGCCAGAUAUGACUCCAAUGGCUGCGGCCUCAAUUCGGUGUGUGUGUGUGUGUGAGUCCCUUCUCAACCAAUAGAGAGCGUCCGAGUUUAAUCCGUGUGUGUGUGUGGCUGAGGUUGCGCUCCCCCACCGAAAUACUGUCAUAUGACUCUGAUAACUGAUCCAUGGAGUUACCGAGAUUCAACUCUCCACGAUGGCCACGCAGCAACGCCGAACGGGACGCGCUCAGUACCUCUGAAACGGUGCACCAUGGCUCCAACUCUCCUCCAACGGCUUUUUUGUAAAAGAGCCAAUGCGGCGUCUUCGAGGGAUUAUAAAGGACCGGAUCUCUGCUGGGCGUCCUCAGAAUUGGACCUGAACCAGAUCCGCCUGAUUGUGUACCAGGACUGUGAGCGCAGGGGACGGCAGGUUCUGUUCGACUCCAAAGCCAUUCGCAAGCUCGAUGGAUCCGAUCCGCAGAGCGGGGAGGAGGCUCCGGCGAAAACUCCGGGCAGGUGCUACCAGACGACCCGGAGCGGGGCCUGCACCAUUAACACACCUGGGGCGUCCUGCGACCGGGACCCCCCGCCCAGCUACCAGUACACGAGACCCGCAUCCGAUGUGAACAUGCUCGGGGAGAUGAUGUUUGGCUCGGUCGCCAUGAGCUACAGAGGCUCUACACUAAAGAUACACUAUAUACGCUCUCCUCCCCAGCUGAUGAUCAGUAAAGUGUUCUCCACCAGGGUGGGCAGUGUGACGGGCAGCACCAGCACGUUACAGGACAGCUUUGAGUACAUGCAGCAGGAUUCGGGGAAGUCCUGUCCCAGUCAGAGUGGUCUGGGGAGUCAGAGCAGCAGCAUAGCUCACAGCACGCCUGUGGACAUGCCCAGCCGUGGGCACAGUGAGGACCGGGACAGUGGCAUCGCCCGAUCAGCGUCGCUAAGCAGCCUGCUGGCCACACCCCUACCCUCCCCAGGCUCUUCCCUCUCCAGCGGCUGUGCCAGCAGUUACCAGCGGCGAUGGCUACGCAGCCAGACCACCAGCCUGGAGAACGGGCCGAUGCCACGCUGGAGUACGGAGGAGACCUUCAGCCUGUCGGACGAGAGCUGCAGCUCCAACCCGGCCAUGGUGCGGCGGAAGAAGAUCGCCGUCAGCAUCGUCUUCUCUCUGCCGGAGAAGGAGGAGGAGAACAAGAGCUUCCAGGACUUCUUCUUCUCCCACUUUCCGCUCUUCGAGUCCCACAUGAACAAGCUGAAGAGCGCCAUCGAGAAGGCAAUGAUCCUGUGCCGGAAGAUCGCCGAGUCCAGCCAGCGGGUGCAGGUGUACCUGUGUCGGGUCAUGGACGCUCUCGGGGAGUUCCGGACGACGGUAUGGAACCUGUACAUGGCCCCCCGGAUCUCGGAGCCUGUGUGGCUGACCAUGGUGUCUCAGAGCGCAGAGAAGAGUCCGCUGUGCCAGCGAUUCCUCCGGGAGCUGACCGCUCUCACCGAGCACACCGGCAAGAGCCAGUUCCUGUCGUCUCUGCUCACGGCUGUGCUGACCUAUCACUUGGCCUGGGUGCCCACCGUCAUGCCCAAUGACCACCCGCCAAUCAAGGCCUUCGCUGGGAAGCACACCUCCCUGUCGGUGGACAUGUUGGCCAAGUCCCACCCCUACAACCCUCUCUGGGCCCAGCUCGGGGACCUGUACGGCACGCUGGGCUCUCCGGUGCGGCUGGCGCGGACGGUGGUGGUGGGGAAGCGGCGGGACCUGGUCCAGCGCGUGCUGUACGUGCUCACCUACUUCAUCCGCUGCUCGGACCUGCAGGAGAACGUGCAGUGGCCCGCCGACCGGACCCAGGGGGGAGCCGAGAGGGACGCCCCCACCGGGAUCACCACCACGCUGGAGCGGGGCGAGGUGGAGCAGUCCGAGUACGUGGUGGUCUCCGUGCGGAGCCAGCAGGCCGACGCGGAGAAGGGCGGGGCCACGGAGGGCGGCCAUGGUCAGGCCAGCCAAUCGGAGAGCACUGUGGAGGAGGGGGCCACGCCCCCUCCCGCUGCCCCUUGCAGCCCGACUCCGGGGGUGGGCCAGGGGCACAGGGAGGAGGCGACGUCCCCUGCCCCUUUGGGGGAGAGACCCUGUCCCAGACUUUUGCCCCAGGAGAGUCCGCUCCUGCACAGGGUGAAGUUCCAGAUCGGGAGCUCGGAAUCGCCCGACUCGGACGUGGAGUCACGGCAGAGGGAGGUGGACACGGGCUACCACUGCUUCAAGGACUGCCUGGCGGAGGAGACCGAGACUGAGGAGGAGCCUGACGACUCCAUGCCAAAGAUGCACCCACAGCAUGGCGACUGCCCCACUGGGGCACUGGGGAGCCUGGCUGGGGGCAGGACAGAGGGCUUUGGGACCCUAGCAGGGGGCAGGACAGAGGGGCCAGGCCCCGCGCUGAAGCCUCGUUCUCAGGGAGUGAGCGGAGUGGUGCGUGUUCUGCCCCUGGCAGACAGGGCGGCGCCAGUGAGGGUCUGCCCUGGGUGGUGUGCUCCCUAUGGGGGUGGGGGCAGGAAACUGCCGCUCCGGCUGCAGGGGGACAUCCGGAGGAACGAGAGCUCCGACAGCGCCCUGGGGGACAGCGACGAGGAGGAGGUGACGGGGGAGCAGGACGCCCCGCAGGAGCACCUCCGAGAGGAGCACCAGCUUCCACUGCCCAGGACGGAAACCACCAGCAGGCCAGAUGUGAACAAUUUUGGCCGCUCUCUGUUCGGGGGGUACUGCCCCCAGUACAUGCCCGACUUCGUCCUGCACGGGGCCAGCUCCGACGAGCGGCUGAGGCAGUGUCUGCUGGCUGACCUGGAGCACACCGUGCUGCACCCGGCCCUGGAUGAGCCAAUCGCGGAGGCCGUGUGCAUCAUCGCUGACACGGACAGGCUGAGUGUCCAGGUGGCCACCAGCCAGCGCAGGACCAGCGACCCCAGCAAACUGGGCCAGGAGGUGCUGGUGUCCAGCCUGGUGACCCACCUCCUGCAGUCCCUGCUCCAGCUCUACCGGCUGCACAUGUCCCCUGACUUUUGUGUUAUGCAUCUGGAGGAUCGUCUACAGGAAGUGUACUUCAAAAGCAGGAUGCUGGCGGAGUAUCUGAAGGGACAGACCAGGGUCCACGUAAAGGAGCUGGGAGUGGUUCUGGGGAUCGAGUCCAACGACCUUCCUCUGCUGGCUGCCGUGGCGAGCACACACUCUCCGUACGUCGCCCAGAUCUUACUGUGAGCCCCCCGCCCUCAGCGCCACGCCCCACGAGGAACCGCCCUCUCCGCACUGGGUGUCCUCCACAGAGGACAGAGAGAAGGACAAACUCGUAUCUGCCGUGGUUUUACACCCCUCCCCCUCCCCCCAGUGGUGUACGGGACAUUGGAACAAACCCAGCAGCUGCUUGUGUUGAAGAGGAAAAAAAAAGACCUGAAUUUAAGUACAGAGAAAAAAGACUUGAUUCAGUCUUGGACUUGCAAUUAACAUUAAAAAAGCUGGGUGGUUGUUAUAUAAGCUGAAAUUGCUCAUUUUAAUUUCCUUUUUUUUGUAUCUGUGAUAUUUUUCAUGUUUUUAUACAAAGGGAUGAAACUAAGCGGAGAGGUGUUAAAGGAAAGAGCUGUGUGAGUAAGUUUACAUGAGGUGAGGAUUUGGGGUCUUGGAUCGUCAGCUGACACUAAUUGUCUGCUUUACCAUUCUUAAUUGUUUUUUUCCCAGAAGUUGUGUUGAUGUAUGCACAAAAAAAAUGUCACAAUUCUGUAAGUUUAAUGAUGACUUAAUUUUUUUUUAUUUAUUUUUUUUGCAGCGUUUUCUUUUUGCAUUUUCUUGUUGACUAAUUGACUUGAUAACACGAGCAGUCUUUACAUUUCCUUGGGCAUUUAAUGAAAUGCGGAUCAACUGGCUUAAGAAAGCUUAAGGAUAAACUUAAUCGAACCUUCUUUUUGUAUGCAAAAUUAUUUCUUUUUUUAACUCCGUUUCUGUAUUCAAGAAACGAGUUCUCUGUCUGUGCUGUUCGAAGCCGGGUUGUCAGCAGCUGAAGCUGAUGUAUUAGGCUUCAGCUGUUCGGCCCCUUUGGACACCCUGUCUGUACCGCAAUGGAAAUUGCAUUUGCACCAUAAUCCACAUUCUCUCAGUUGGGUGAAAUGGGACAUUGACACACGUUUACUUCUUAAGACGACGGUUCCACUGUGAACAAUAGGGGGAGAAGGAGGGGCCUUCAUAUUGCCGUCGCUGACCUGGUUUAAACCAAUUGCUGUGUUCUGCUGUGGUGAGCAGAAUCUUUUGAUUGGUCCAAAUGAGUCUGAUUGACGGUUCACUGUGGCGUCGCCCACUUGGGGAUUCGUGUAAACCUCACUCCUCCUCCACUACUGUGAGUGAAUGCAUCUAUUUUUAUACAGGGAUUCUGAGCCCUUUCUGAACACACAAAUGAAAACUCAGAAAUUAUGCAGCUUAUCCAGGCCUUUGUGUUGUUCGUAUUUAGGGCUUAUUUCAUGCAGAAUUUCCAAUAAUGAAAAAAGAAGCUUUUACAGAAUGACAGUGAUGGUACAAACAUCAUUAACACCCCCCCCCCCCCACCAAAAAUUGCUGGCUUUUUAUUGAUUAUUUUAAAACGACUGAAUAGCUUCUGAUUAUUAUACUUUUUUUUUUUUUCCUGUUUGUUUUCGUUUACACUAAACACUACCUCAGUUGGCAGGAUUGAACCGCUCUCAUCUUGCCUGUCAGAAGGCUUGUUCGUCUUUCGAGAUGUUGAUUUCCUCUAAGGUUCCAUUUCCUGUCACGUGACGGAGCGGAGUACUCUAAAAACGGAGCGUUGUGUUCUGAGAUGCGAUGCCCUCACUGUGUUAGCACGUCUGUGGUGUAGGUGUGUGUAGAGAGGGGCAAGGUGUCUGCAUUGUAGCGCGUAUGGAGAAUUUGACAAGUAUGUACGCAGGGCCUCAUUCAAGCUGCUGUUAUGCCUGUGAUCGUCACUCUUAGUAUCUUUUCAUUUCAUUCAGUAUUGCUUCAUGUUGUUUUGAAGAGAACACAUGGCACGUUUAAUAAAUGAAGGUAAUUUGAAUUAUAA